CUGCGAAACUUGCAGCAGUUCAUCUCCAUCGCUGAUUGAGAGGUGACACGCUCUGCACGAAAAGCUGAAAAAGUGGUUCCUUCCUAUCACCACCACCAUUGCUGGACUUGGAAUCAGGGGGAAAAUUGUGUUUUGUUUUCGUGAUCGUGAAAAUUUUCGUUGGUCGGACAAAAAAGUACCAUAUUCGGCGGGUUUGAUUAGAUGUGAUACGAAUUACCACUAUUGUUGGGCAGGUGAACGGAUUCACAUUGAUAAAAAUGAGUGAUAUCAGUGGAUUUCUGUGGGGUGAAAAUCGACUAAUUAAGCCCCAUUGUUAAACAUAGUUGUGCUCACAUAUGUUUUGAGAAAAUUGUGCUUUCCCAACUUCUUUCUUAUCGUUCUUCACUUGUUGGGAUAGUGGGACAAUGCCAGGACUGUGGCAAUUAGUUGAUACAUAGUAAUUGGAGCAGAAAAUUGAGUUUUCAUCAAUAUUUCCUGGUAAUUGAAAAUUCUCUCAGCAAGAAGGUAGAAGCUGAGAAAACAAAGUGAGUGGGUGUUAGGUGCAAAGAAGUUAAACCUUUUAUUGCGGUGCUGAACUGGUGCGCUAUUGCGUUUCAGUGUUGAAGCACCUGCCACGGACCGGAGGUGGUGGUGGCCGGAUAGGCCAGCUUCUGCUAUUGUCUUCCCACCCAGACCAAAGGCAGGUGGCUGCCGCAGCGACGCUGGAUCUGAUCCGCAAGAAAAUGAAGCCGUACCAGCCAUCGGAUAAGCUGGUGGUGCGGGACAGUGUGUCGCUCAGUAUGGAUGAAGAGCUGAGCGAUGACGUCGAGGAUGAGGUUUUCAUACGGGACGGUCGUACGUGCCGGACGUAUGAGGAUCGCGGGGCAAAGCGUCCUCUGAUGGCACCCAGACAUCGAAGCGCAGGGGGUAAGAACAGCAAAUCAACAAGUUGCGGCACGUCGAGUCCGAUACUGAAAAAGUAUCGUCGAAGGCGCUGUUGGAAUUGUUGCGAGCCGUUCUGCUACGGGUUAGCUGCCAUCACAGUGCUUAUUGGGCUCAUCGUGUUAGCAGCCCUCCUACUGACCGCUUUUCCCCAACCGCUUCAGAAGAUUCGGAUCUGGUUCCACAAGGAAUCACCCUUCAGCGGUACAACCAUCCAGGGCAAAUUCGACAGCUUACUGUACAACGACAUGGGAACCGCCAACGACUCGAUUGAGAUAGUUCCUUGUACGCGAAUUACGGUGCAAAAAGUUUGGACCCGAGUCGUAGCCAGGGUGAACAGCGAGAGUCCGUUGCGAAAGCUGGACGUCAAUGGGGACGGAGUUUUGGACGUGAUCGUGGGGUAUGGCAUAGAUGAGAUGAUCGAUGACACGCUGGGGUUCAUUCCGAGGUGUACCUCGUUGAAGACGAACCUGACGGAUAUGUGUGGCGGGGGAUUGUUGGCACUGAAUGGAGUCAACGGGGAAACGCUGUGGCAGCGAUGGACAUCGUUUACGAUCUUUUCCAUGAAAUGUGCCAUCGAUAUCAAUUCAGAUGGACAGAAUGACUGCGUGGCUGCUGGGAGGGGUGGUCUGAUACUGGCAGUUGAUGGUAGAAAUGGGAACAUAUUAUGGGAAUUGAAGGACUCUUCGGAUUUGGAAACCUACGCGGGAACGAGUAUAGAUCUUUACACGAUCAAUGUAGUGAGAGAUCUGAACAAUGAUGGCAUCGCGGAUGUUUUGGCUGUUCAUGUCGAGGAGUCGUUGCGAGCGCAUGGUGGCCAUAUCAAGCUGAUAUCCGGGGCGACUGGAAUAAUUUUAAAGAGCAUUCCAACACCCUAUCGCGAGGAAAUGUUUGUACCGAUACAGGUGCUGCUAGGCAAAGGUGGCUCAGAGCAGUUCUUGAUGGUGACCGGAGGGCAAAGUUCAGCGGGGGGCAUCUACACUCUGAAUCAGGAAAAUCUGUUGAAAUUCAACAGCGAGAUGGACUUUGCGCCAAUUCUGCGGAUUAAUUCGUCCGGGUUUAUGGUGCCUGCAGUGCUGACGGACAUCAAUGGAGAUUCAGUGCAAGACAUUGUGGUUAGUUCUUUCAACUCCACAGUAUUCGCAUUUGAUGGUAGCAGCAAAAAACAGCUGUGGUCUUAUACGAUCUCUGAUUCUGAGAGUAUCAGUUCGAUAGUUCCUGGCCAUUUUGAUCACGACAACAUUACGGACUUCAUGGUCAAAUAUAAUACUGGUCCAGGAUUUCCAAUAUACUAUUAUUCACAGACUAUGAUUAUCAAUGGGAGUAAUGGACAACCAUUCCUGGAUAACGCUGUGAAGGAUGCAGGUGGUUCAAAUAGUUUACUGGGAGGUCUAAGUAUCUCCCAAACUGGAGGUGGCGAUUUUUUCUUACAUUGGCAGCUACAAUGUAGGGAUAAAUACGAAACCACAGAAGAAUACCAAUUCAUUCCAGAAAGUGACAUCAUACAGCAGUCCCGUGCAGAUGCUUGCAUGCUACGUUUCAAUAGAUCUUCGGUCCUGAAACUGUACACUAUAAACCGCCAUAUGGAACCACCAGGUGCAGUUAUCUUUUCAUCUGAUGAUCUGGUUAUUAAGCUCAAUGAGACAAUCAGCGAACAGCUACGUGAGAAAUUCGUGGCUCCGAUAAAGCAUCCCAAAAUGAAGCUUAAAGUUAAGGAAGAUGGACGCAGAGCAAGUGAGGGUCAGCAAAUUCAAGUGCGAAUGGAUAAGAAACUUGAUUUGCACAGCGCUCCUCCCGCGGGUGAAGCGGAAGGAGUUUCGGGAGAUGUCGGAGUAGUUAUGAGUGGCCCUCAACAGGUAGCUUCUGAGCUGAGAAAACAGAAGCUUAGGGAACAAAUGCUAAAUACCAACCAGAUUCCAGAAACUUUGGAGUACGAGGAGGAGAAGAAACGAAAACAGAAGGUUAAUUUGAACAAUGUCUAUAAGAAGUAUACGUACAAUGCAAACGAUGGCACGGAUUUGUUCAACGGUGACCCUGAUAUCUACUUACCGUACGAUCAAGGGAAUUCGGAAACGCGUAAUCCGUAUCUUCAAAAUCAGAUAUCGCCAGUGCAGCCAGCACAGCAAGAUUAUGAUUACAGUGCUAACAAUGAUGACAUAUUGCAACCUGAAUAUUCGCGUUCUCGCUUCAGGAAUGGAGGCAAUCGCUAUUCCGGCGGCAGAGACGUUCGCAGCAAAUUCGGAACAUUCGAUGAUGCAGAACUUCGAGAUCCCAGUCUAGAGGAGCAGGUAUUCAAUGAAUCCAAUCCAAACUCGCAGAUCGUGAAGAAAGUACUUCUAAACGAAGAGAUUCUGGAGGAACUGAAAGAGAAUGGAAGCAGUUCAAAAGGAUCCAAGGAAACACUUUGGGAUUUGGAAAUGGAGAAAGAGGCUAAGGAGGCUAUCAAUGAUGCGAGUGCCAACUUUGACUAUAACAAGGAAAAACGCCAAGCUGAGCUUUCCGGGAGUUCUACACAGCCACCAACUACAGUCAAGCUCCCUACUGCAGUCACUGAGCCAUUUCCAAAUGAAAAUAUUCUUCCAUCAAUAGCAUCCACCGGACUGUUGCUCAAGUCCCUCAGCUCUUCGCAAACUAACCCAACGAUUGACUAUGUCUUUGUUAUGAACAUCCGAGAGUCGGAGACCUAUCCGCCAUUGUUGCUCGAGCAAGACCUCGCCUGCGUAAGAGACAAGCUUUCCGCAUAUCGGACUUACAGCAGCGAUGACUUCCACGUGCUGGAGAAGGAGUUUUUGGUUCGAUGCCUUGAAGAGAGGCUUCCAAAUGCUAAGCCGACCUACCAAAAGUACGAAACACAAAUCAUCGUUACGCGGCUCGAGAUCGGGUGCUCAUGUGCUGAUGAUCUAAAUCCGAAGCGGGAGGUGUGUUCCAAAUUGCACAGCUACGAUCAGCAGCGAUGGACCGAGUACAUGGGAAAUGUCGGAAAUGGUGUCUACUGAGAUCAGGGUGGAGAGGGUGAGACGGUAUGAAAGACGGGAAGUUUGCAACGCUACGACAAAACUGAUUUUCGUGAUUAUAGUAGGAACUCAUCCUUUUCUGAGCAUUCUUAUGGACCCUUCAAAAUGAUUCGAUUUCUUAUUAAAAUAAACUUUGAAAAGCAGAACAGAUUACGAACAGACAUUAAUUACACAUGCACAGAGGACAGACGCGUUCAAUUUUUGAUUGAAAUUUCUCGUAUUUUAUCAAUACAUUAUAUGAGAUAGUUUUAAUCUGGUUUGAAUCAUUUAUUCAAAGGUUGACUGAUUUUUGAAAAACGUGUCACGAGGUUCAGCAUUCAUGUUCAGCGAAAAUCUACCUUUACAGUUUGCUGUUGCUACAAGCAUAACUGCCCCAUAUGUACCAAAUUUCCUAUCUACAUAUAUAUGACACAAUUAUGUCCAAAUUCCCCCUGUCUGUUCUCUGUAAUAAUGCAAGACAUUUAAGCUUGCUUUAAUAAAAAAAAUCUUCUAUUUUCACCCUCGAAAAGAUUAUUGCGAAGUAACCUUUUCCGUCUAAUAUUUCAUCUCGUUUUAUUUCUCAGUCAUAUCUUAAAAUAUCUGUUAAUCAAAUCGUAAGGCAAAAUCGCUAUUUUUUUGUAAUUUGAGAAUAAACCCUAAGAUUACCUUUGCCAAAGAAUCCAUAUUUGUUUAAGCCUCUAGUUUGAUAAAAAAAACAAAAACCAAAAACUGAAAAAGUGCUCCAAAAAUAUGGGUUCUUUGGGAAAGAUAACUUAAUGAAUAAAUCAAAAAUCAACAAAAUAUGUUCUACAUAUACAGCAACAGCACAAGAAUGUACAAAAACAAUUGUUGUUCAUAUUUUAUUUAUUUUUCCUUUUUCAAUACAAUUUUUUAACUAUGAUAUAAAUCAAAAGUUUUUUGUUUGGUUAAUAUUUUGUUCUUAAAGGUAGAAAAUGUCAAAAAAAAAGUGGCAUUCUUAUAAUCACAAGAAUGUAUUUCAUUAAAAUUAUCACAACAAUAGAACAUGAAUUAUCAAUAAUGACAGACGCAUAUUUCGAUAGGCUUACAAAUACAAAUGAAUCGCGCGACAGACAUAUUUCAAUCAAUCAUAUUUAUUUUUGGAAAAGAUUCUAACCAUAGUUAAUUUGUAGAUAUAUGUGACAGGAAUAAAUUUAUCUAUCAAGUGAGAAGAAAAAAAUGAAAGAUAGAUUUGUUAAACCCAUGUUCGGAUUUAUUGGAAUGUGUAAAUAAAGGUGACUGAUAAUAUA